AUGCUCUCUGGAGGAGACAGCCUUUGCGAGGCUAGAGGACAGUCAGCCGUCUUAUAUUUAGCAGCAGCAGCUGCUGCUGCUGCUGCUGCGGUUGUUGUUGUUGCUGCUGCUGCUUCUGCGGCCAUGGGGGAGACUCGGCUGCUGGUGCUGCGAAGGCUGGAGGCUUACACACCAGCAGAGUCGGCAGCAGCAGCAGCAGCAGACUCAGCAGCAGCAGCAGAAGGAUCAAUAGAAGCGGCAGCAGCAACAGCAGCAGCAGCGACAACAGCGGACUGCGCUGCGGUGUAUGUGCUUCCAGCCUGCAGAGACACCCCAGCCAACUUGCCUACAACGGAGGGGCCCUCUUCUGGUGUACGUACACCUCACGCUGCUUCUGUCUCCUCUGCACCUUCAAGCAAGACGGCGGCUUGCAUGCGAUGGGAAGGAUUAAGACUGCAGCAGCAGCAGCAACAGCAGCAGCAACAGCAGCAGCAGCAGCAGCAGCAAAAUGGUGUCCUUAGCGACAAGUGGUUCGUGGAGCUGCCUCCUCAGGCUAAGGGAAGUAGAGUGUCUUGCUUGCUGGUCAGCAGCAGCAGCAGCAGCAGCAGCAGCAGCAGCAGCAGUUGUGGCAGCAGGUGCAGCAGCAGCGAUGACGACCGCGAUCGCCCUGGCUGCCUGAGAGACUCUGGGUUUUUGCUGCUGCUGUUUGGAGACAACCACGUUGCUGCAGUUCAUGUGGCUGACCUUAGAGCAGCAGCAGCAGCAGCAGCAGAGAAAGCAGCAAGAAGAACAGCCAAGGGCAAGGCCCCGCCCCACAUUCUUGAGCACGAGAUGCCUGCAGUACUGUCAAUGUGCGCUGCUGCUGCUGCUGCUGCUGUUACUGUUGCUUCUGCUGCUGCUGCUGCUAUUGCUUCUGCUGCUGCUGCUGUUGCUGGUGUUGCUUCUGCUGCUGUUGCUGGUGUUACUUCUGCUGCUGAUGUUGCUUCUGCUGCUGCUGCUGUUCCAUUUGCUCCUGUUGUUGUUGCUGCUCCCGCUGCCUUUGUUGCUGUUGUUGUUGCUGUUAUUGAUGCUGCUGUUGCUGCUGCUGUUGCUGCUCCUGUUGGUGUGGGUUGUAUCUUGUUGCUGCAGUAUGUGUACGUACACCGCAGGCUGGAGCGCCGGGGAUCGACUGCUGCAGUAGCAGUUGCUGGUGCAGCAGCAGCAGCAGCUGCUGCUGCUGGGCCUACCCCUCCAGACGCAGCAGCCUCGAAUGCGCUGCGUGAGCUGCUGCAGCAGUUGCAGGCGCCCACGGAGGAGCAACAGCAGCAGCAACAGCAGCAGCCGGAGACAUGUGCAGCAGCAGCAACAGGUACACAAAGAGAAGACACUCAAACAACUCUUAGGAGAAGGGGCCCCCGCCAUCAGCAGCAGUCGCUGUCUCCUUCGAGGCGCCUGUCUCCGAGUUCCAGUAGUCAGCAGCAGCAGCAGCAGCAGCAGCAGCAGCAGCGAGUGCUGCUGCUGGCUGCUGGAGCAGACCCGCUGCUGUCUCUACACCGUCUCUCUCUGGGGGAGACGGAGGAGACACCUCGCUUUAGCUUCUUUGCGGUUUCUGCUGCUGCUGCUGCUGGAAAGCUUGCUGCUGCUGCUGCCCGGGGGGCCCUCAGUUUCUUCAGAGGCAGUCCUGCGCAGCUGCCAAAGCAGCAGCAGCAGCAGCAGCAACAGCAGCAGCAGCAGCAGCAAAGCGACGGCUCUAGAGAUCCCAGUGAUGUGGAAGACCUCAAGAUAUCAGAGGCCCCUCUGCUGCAGGUUGGGUGGGUAGACAAACAGCGGGGGGCCCUAAAGCUGCAGAUGUGCCCCUGGGAUAUGACUGUUGCCGCCCUAAGCGAUUCCUUAGGCAGAGUGAGUGUUUUAUGUGUCCUCUCUUUGCUGCCUCUCUGGAUGCUGAAGGGCUACCGCAAGGCCUUCUUAGUUUGGCUGCAGCGGCCUUCUUUCGGGUGUAUAUACACCUCAGCUGCUGCAGCGCAUGCACAAGCGCCUAGCGGGGGUCUGCUGGUCUUCGCCCCUAAACGAGGUUUGUUGGAGUUGUUUAGUGGGGCUUCCAAGGCGCGGCUGGCUGUGGCGCUGGAUAUACACCCCGAAGCCCUGCUGCUAGCAUGUUGUGCUGCUGCAGCAGGUUGCUGCUGCUGCUGCUGCCAGCGCAGCAGCACCUUUUGCUUCGUGUUAGACACGCAGGGGCUUGCCCUUGUACAGUGGCCGCCAGGCCUUUAA